GGAAGUGCCGCAUCCCUCAGCAGCUCAGCAGCAGCAGACGCGUCAUCGCCACAACAACAAGAGGACCAUCAUCAGAGAGCUAUCAGAGGAGCAGCGGGACCAGAGCAGGGCACAGAACGCAGCCCGCACUCCCAAAUCCUUAGUGCCCGGGCACACUCUGUAUGACAUGGAGCCCUGAGGAGACCUGCUCGAGACCAUGUCCUCGUUCCAGGUGGUGGACUCCUCGCCGGGCAGCAGCGUCAGCAUCAUGGAAACCUCCAACUUUGCCCACGUCAUCUUCCAGAACGUGGGCAAGAGCUUCCUGCCCCAAGCCCCCCUGGAGUGCCACUACACCCUGACGCCCUACAUCGCCCCCCACCCCAAAGACUGGGUGGGCAUCUUCAAGGUUGGAUGGAGCACAGCACGGGACUACUACACCUUCCUGUGGAGCCCUAUGCCUGAAAACUACGAGGCAGGGAGCACAGUGCACCGGACUGUGGUGUUCCAAGGCUAUUAUGUCCCAAAGUCAGACGGAGAGUUCUACCAGUUCUGUUACGUGACCCAUUCUGGGGACAUCCGAGGGGCCAGUACUCCAUUCCAGUUCAGAGCAGCCACACCCACUGAGGAGCUGCUGACCGUCACUGAGGAUGAGUCGAACUCGGACAUACUAGUGGUUAGCACGAAGACCGGCCUGCUUCAGAGGGUGGAGGAGGCCCAGCAGGAGCGGAGGGAGCUACUGAAGACUAUGCGCCUGCUCCAGGAGGACAAACAGCAGCUGCAGGAGGAGCACAGACGCCUGGCCCAGGAGAGAGACCACGAGAGGGACACCUGCGCUCUGCUCCGGACACACAACCAGGAGCUGCUGCGCUCAUCCCAGGGCCUGUCGGAGGAGAGGGAGGAGGUGCGCAGACGGUUGAGCGAGGCCACCGAGAGAGUGAGGCAGCUGGAGGAGGACCUGCUCGGAGUGACCCAGCGAGGUCUGCAGAAGGAAACCGAGCUGCACUGCCUACGUGAGCGUCUGAAGAAGCUGACUGGAGAGAGGGAUAGCCUAGAGAGCCAGCUCAAGAAUGAGAAGGAUGAACGAGACCUGUACAAAGCCCACCUGCGUAGCACGGAGCUGGAGAAUACCAAGCUGAGUGCAGAGCUGCAGAUGCUGAAGGCCGUGGAGCUGAAUAGAGAGGUGACCAUCGCACAGUUCCAGGAGGAGCUCGAAAGGCUGCGGCUCUGUGUGGCUCAGAGGGAUGGUCUGGAGAAGGAGCUGUUGCAGCAUAAGGCAGAUAAGGCAGAGCUAUCCCGUGUGCGAGAGCAGCUCCGUCAGGCUGAGGAGCAGCUGCAGGCAUCCAGGCAGCAGGCCUCUCUGCUGGCCUCAGAGCUGAGAGACUCAGCCAGUGCCCGUGACCACUCCAUGACGGAGUUGUACCGAGCCCGGCUAGAGGCAGACAAGCUCAGAGCCAGUCUGUCUGAGGCACAAGCCGAGUGUCAGCGCAUAGAGAGCCAGCUGGACCGCCUGAGGAGCACCACAAACAGUCAAACACUGGCUGUUGGGCCCAGCGGAGAGGCCCUCCCCAGCAUUCUGGUGGUGUCAGAGGCAGAGGUGGAGCUGCAGAGGGAGGUGGAGGAGCUAAAGCUGCGCCUGCACAUGGCUGCAGAGCAUUACAAGGAGAAGUACAGGGAGUGUCAGAGGCUGCGCAGGCAGGUAGCCAAGCUCAACAGCAGCCCAGAGGCUCAGGGGGAGCCAAAGAGAAACGUUUCGACAGAGACAACACAGGGGCCACUCACCUCCAGCCCAGAGUCCCCCACAGCAGGAAAUAUAGAAAGUGCAAUCCUUGAAGACGCUAUGACAAUCAACCCUGAAGUAAACACAGGGACAUGUGCACUCAUUCAACCGCUCAUCUGCUCUGAGAGUGAGGGAGUCCUGAGGGGCGGUGCUACUGAGGACAAAGACCAGACCAAGACCCCUGGAGACUUCAGACCUGAUGUCUCAGAUGUCCAAGCAGAAGACAAGCUCACAGAGACAGUACAGAGCCUUCCACUGGGCAGCUGGGUGCAGGUGGACACUCACGGGGAGACAAAGGUUGAGACACCGAGCAGCAGUGAGGACAGGGCAGUGGAGGGGGACAGUGACAGGGAAGAAGGACAGGAGGAUACAGAUACAGAUGAGGAGGAGGACACAGAUACAGAUGAGGAAGAAGAGGAGACAAGCCCCACGGCAGAGGAGGAGAGUCCCACAGUGGAGGAGGAGAGCCCUGUAGUGGAGGAGAAGAUGAGCUCCAGGGUGGAGGAGAAAGAGACAAGCCCCAGGAUGAAGGAGGAAGACACAAGUCCCACAGUGGAGGAGGAGCUAGCCCUGAUGGAACAGAAGUGGAAAGAACAGUGUGCCAUAAACGAGACACUCAAGCAGAGACUGGCCAAUGAAGAGGAGCGAUUCAGGAUGCAGAUGGCGGAGCGGGCGUGUGAAGUGGCAGACCUAAAACGCAGCCUAGCCCUGGCCCUCAGAGACAAAGAGCAGCUCCUGGAGGAGCUGCAGCGAUACGUGUGCAGACAGAGGGAGCAGGAGGCCCGGGCACAGGGGUCAGAGGUCAGACAGACCAUGGUCCUGAGGUACCCCCUGCCCUACCCCCAGGAGCCCUGCCCACCCCCCCUUGUGCCCCAGCAGCCCCCAGAGCUGAGGUUUGGAAAUCCCUACUCCAGUGACACCAAAGAGUGUGUUGAUGCUGCUGUGUCUCCAGAUCUCCUGCCCCUCCCCCCUCCAGAGGGCCUGCCUGGCCUUCAGCCCUGUGCUCCACCCCUUUCUCCCUCUAACCCUGCCCCUAACCCCGGCUCCCCCACCCUUCCCUCUAACCCCGCCUCCUCCAGUACAGGCCCAGGAGCUCCAGGCUGGGGCCAGGAGGUGGUGUGUAUUCAGCCCAGCCGCAGCACCAGUCCCCCGGACAAUGCAGAGCAUCCCCCAGACAACACGGCAGCUGAAGCUUCGUCUGAGAAUCGCACAGAUGCCAGGGCCACCUUCUGCUUUGACUCCAGUAGGAGCAGUGAGGCCCAGCUGCGCUGCCCCCUUUGUGAGGUCAUCUUCCCUCCACACUUUGAGCAGAGGAGCUUUGAGCAGCACGUGGAGAGUCACUGGAAGAUCUGCCCCGUCUGCUCCGAGCAGUUCCCUCUGCACUGUCAGCAGCAGCUGUUUGAGAGACACGUCCUCACGCACUUCGACAGGCAUGUGCUCAACUUCCACCAGACUGACUGAAGCCCUACUGUGUCCAGAUCUACUGAAGCUCCCUACUGUGUCCAACACUCAUAGUCCCACUAAAGCACCCUACUCCUGCUAUUGUGUCCAGCCCUCAGCAACCCACUGAAGCACCCUAGUCUCGCUACUGAAUCCAGCCCUCAACAGACCCUCUGAAGCACCGUACUCCCACUACUGUGUCCAGCCCUCAGCGACCCACUGAAGCACCCUAAGCUCCCUUCUGUGUCCAGUAGGACAUUCUUAAAAGGAGCAUGAUUCUACAUCUUAACAAUUCUCGAUCAAUUCUAAAUUCUCUAAAAAUCGAUUUAAAAAUGCAUUAAGUGUCUCCGCCACAAUAAAACGCCCCCUUUAAAUAAAAAAAAUAAAAAAACAGGGACUAAGCCUGUAGAUUGUGCUCAUUUUUAAGUCAUUGUUUGCUGCUGGACUCUCCACAGCUCCACGCACCGGAACAAGGAGAAGGGGGGCUGUCUCCAAGUGCACAGACACACACACACACACACACACAUGCAGCACACACAUGCAGCACACACGCAGCAUGCACACACAGGGGAGGAGACUUACAUGAGACUGCAGAGAGACAGAGGACAGAUGAACAGAACAUUAGCACUACUUUGAAUCACUUUAGCUCCAUGCUUGUUUUACCAUGUUGUUCGCUUUCCUUCGCUGCUAACUACAGCUACAACUUAUUGGAGUUAAAGGGCCAGAGCCCCGUUCAUCAUAAAUAGGCUAUGACCUUUAGUAGAAAAUAUUUUUAAUUUUUAUCUUUGAAAAAUAGGCCUACGUAUUUAAGUUUAAUUACUGCAGUAUGGAAUUAACUGGGCUCCUUAGAUAAUGAUUGAAUAGAUCUAUUAUUUUUAUUGAAUUAUGAACUAAUAAAAUAAAUACAACUAAAUACAAUUUCAGGCACCUUCUGUUAGAUUCUUGCCUGAUCUAAGAAUAAUUCUAUAAUAAUAAUUUUGUAUGGAUGUACAGUUUACAUAAGAUUGUUACCACAGGGAAAUGAAUGUAGUUUCAGGAUUUAAUUUUGAAUUGUUUUCAAAUCGAGAAUCGUUUUUGAAUUACAUCGGAAUCAAAUCAAAUGGCCAGGGACUUAAAGAAUCACACCUCUAGUGUCCAGCCCUCACAGACCCACUGAAGCCCCCCUACUCCUUCUACUGUGUCCAGCCCUCAGCACACCCACUGAAGCCCCCCUACUCCUUCUACUGUGUCCAGCCCUCAGCUCACUUGAAGGUGACAGAGUAUGCUUUAGACAGGCUUUUGAAAAAUACUACUACUUAAAGGGGCCUGUACCUGAACCCUGAGUGAAGAACAUAUUUCAGAAUGAACUAAUAGCCCUGCCCACUAUGCCCCCUCUCUCACACUCAUGUUGAACCAUGACUGAGAAACAAUUCAACAAUGACUCUGGCCCCCUCUGCUGGGAAAAAAGGGAAGUGAAGAAUUUUGAAAUGAUAAAUUGGCAGCAAGGCUAUUGUCACAUUAUCAGAUAAGUUUUAAGCUUCAGACAGUUCAAAAGCUCAGAAAAGCAUAAUACGUCUCCUUUAAUGGUGGGCUGUCAUGUGACUAUUGAAUCAAUUGCACUUUUCUGAAAUCAGCAAAUGUUAAAAGAAUGUAAAAAAAAAAAACAAGUUUGCAGACAGCAUCAGAUGGGCUUUGGGUGAUACCACAUAAUCUCUGUGGUGGUGCAUAUAUGGUGUGACAGGGCAUCAGGCUUAAUCGGUUUUGGAAGGAAGAAAUUAUAACAUGGAAGCUGCAUAGAAUUGCUUUAUGACAAAGUUUAGGCUGCUAAGAGUAGGGCAAUAGUGCAAUCAAGAGUAUAUAUAAGAAUAAGUAUUUAUAAUGGAGACGAGGGGAGUAGACAUGUACUUGAAUGGGAAGGGAACAGCUUUUAUUGUGAGGGUAGUGCUGCCACUUCAGGAAAUAACUUGUCUGAUACUGCAUAGUUUGAAUGUAAUUCCAUUAUUGAAAAAUUGAAAAAUGUAUAUCACUGUACCAGUUUUAUUCUAGUUUUGGAGUGAACACAACAAUGUAAGAUGUGUACAUUUGCAGCUUAACAGGCUACAAAAAUCAAAUAUUAAAUGAAAGAUCUACUAUUAAAGGUGCUGUACCUGUUUUUCAACCAAAACUAGGUCAUUUUAAAUGGUUUGGUCUAAAAAUAUUCCUCACUUAUCUUAUGCAUUCCGAGCAACCUAGUUAUUCACCGUGAUGAGUUUAUAAACACUUUUCACAACUCUCAGAGACCAAAAUGGAGUUUUGCCAUGACUAGCUAGUAAAUAGCAUACUAAUGUUAACUUUCUGAUUAUCAGACAACAAAACACUUUUCUAUCACUGACAUAUUCCUGAGGUGGCAGCACUACUCUUGUAUAAAGUAAAUCAUAAGUCUAAGUGCACUACAGAAGGCUUUAUUGUGAAUGUACUGUACAUAUGAAUCUGUGUAGGGGCCUGUCCAUUAUAUCUUUUACUCUUCUUUUACAUGUUUUAUUUCUAAAGGACAGUUACUUUCUGUUCUGCUUGUGUUGGCUCCAUAGUCUUCUUUAUACAGUCAUCAGAUCUGUACAAAUGUUUUUAUUAUGAUUUUAUUUUCCAUGUCACAAGUGUAGACCAGAUGCCCAUAUUUACUGUCUGAAGUGCAUAAGCAGGAGAUGUGUUUUUACUCCAAACAAUCGAAUGUCGCCUUAAAACAGCCUGUGUGAAUCUGCUUUGAUAAGCCUGUCAGCAUAAUACAUUUAAAGUCGAACAUAUUGGAAUAAAUUAUAGAACACUUGCCACUGACACAAACCUUUUCUAAAGGAACUAAAUCGGAAUUCUAAGUAAAGCUGAAAUAAAAAAAAACAACAACUAAAUAGCACAAUGAAACGCUUAAAGGGCCCGUAUUACUUUGUUUACUGACCUGUUGUAAUGUUCUUUCCUCAACAAAACCAUACCUGGAGUAACAUUUCGUUUCAUUGACACAUGUUAAACACAAACCCGGCUGUGUUCUCAGACUGAAAAUGUUGGAGAUGUAGACAGAGUAAUAAGGUUUACUCAAGCAUGUGUAAAUGAAUGAAAACACAACUCCAGGUAUGUUUUUGAUGAGGUAACAACUUUUUAACAUGACUUGGAACAAGCUCACAUGAGUCAAUUUUGAGUAAUAUAAGACCUUUAAGUUGGCAAAGGACGAAGGAAUUGUCAAACUGUAUCAUUACUUCAAAAGAAAUUACCAAAGUAUGAAUUAAAUAAAGUACUUGGGGAAACAACUACUCAAGAAUAUCACUAACUAUUUCAAGUGGUUAAUGUAAUUGGCAGGAUAAAACACUAAGUAAUGCACAAAAUCUGGUUUUCAACAGAAAAGAGAAAAAAAAAAAUCGUAUCUGAAGGAGCCGUGCAAGAAACACAUCAUUUCAUAUCGUUGUCAUAAAGCUUUUGCCAUUUGUAGCCUCCCAGUGGGAAGUGGGAAGUAACCCUGUACUUUGGGAAGUACAGUUAUUAUAUUAAAAUGAUUACCAAAAAAAUCUUCCCUAUUACCAAUUAAAAAUUUACAGGAUAAUCACAGAGCCCCCUAAAAUAUUGUUUAAUGUAUGGAACAAUAAUUUGAUAUAGUAAUUAUCAUGAAAAGCCUUUGCACGGAUGAAAUAUGAAGUUUAUAAUGUGGCAGGUCUAACAUGAAAUCAAAAUGCAUAUUGUCUGUGGUCAAAUGUCUCUAUAACAAAAAAAAAUAAAAAAAAUUGCUCUUUAAAUUUAAAACAUGU